UUUGAAUAAUUCUUGUGAUUUGUCUCGAGUUCAAAAUGGCGGCCGGAAAUGUUACACACAAGUACUGUUCAACAAAUAUUAAAAAUUCUCUGAAUCCACGAAUAAUUUUAUUAUUUAGUGGGAAAAGGAAAUCUGGCAAGGAUUUUAUUACGAAUAUAUUGCAGGAAAGAAUUGGUUUUGAUAGUAGCGUUAUUAUUAAAUUAUCAGGGCCAAUUAAAUCUCAUUGGGCUAAAUCUUUGAAUCUCGAUAUCGAUGAACUGUUGGGAGAUGGAGAAUAUAAAGAAAAUUACCGCCUUGAAAUGGCUAAAUGGGGUGAGAGUGUUAGAAACCAAGAUUAUGGUUAUUUUUGUCGUGCAGCCAUAGAUAUGUAUAAUGCACAUGACAAACCAAUAUGGAUAGUGAGUGAUGUACGAAGGAAAACUGAUAUACAAUGGUUUAUGGAAAAUUUUCAAGGCAUAGCUAAAACAAUUCGUAUUGUAUCGGAUGAUGAUACAAGAAAAAAACGUGGAUGGUUCUUUGUCCCAGGUAUAGAUGAUUCGGAAACAGAGUGCAAUUUGGAUGAUGUGUCUACCUGGGAUUUGGAAGUUAUAAAUAACGACGAUAAUAUAGAUUCAGUGUUGCAGCAAGUAUUAAAAUUAAUAAGCUAGCCGGUUAAACGAAAAAUAUUUCUACACAUACGUGCAC